CAGAGGCACAGAGGUCAAAUUGAUCCGUUUUCGCACUUUUGUGAACCCCAAAUUGCAGUUGCAUGUUACAGUAACGGCCCAAGACCAUCAAUGAUUUAACAUUAGAAGAAAAGCACUAAAAGAUGAAGAAAACACAAGUUGCUAAUGUGUCACUGUGGUAUUGAAAUGGAGGAUGGCCGAUGUCUUUUGGACGUGAUCAAUGAUCCACAAGCACUGAAUGACUUUCUUAAUUCAACAGAUGACGAGGAUUCUAAAUUUGAUCCUCCGACCCCCAACUAUGACCACUCCUCUCCUAGUCAGCCACAGUGGAAUUUAAGCAAUGGUAGCAAUAGCACUGACCCACAGCCACAGAUCACUGUGACUCCAGGUGCUACUCAGCAAGUGCUCAAUCAAACCCCCAGCAACAAAGUGAUCCAGGGGAUACAGAACACAAUGGGGCUCAGUCCAAGGACUGGUUCUCCAUUACUACAAGUUGGUGCCCAGCAAGUACUUCUGAAAUCAAACCCCACAUCUAGUCAACAACCAGUUCAGUUCAACCAGGUGACGGCAGUGCCCCAGACCCACUUUGUGGCCCAAGCUGCCGCAGUGCCACAGAGCCAGACUGUACAUCAGCUAGUGCAAUUUCAGAAUCAAACCCCAGGACAACCACAGAUUAUACAACAGGGGGCAGGCCCGCCACAGACAGUGAUAUUGCAACAGACUCCUACCAGACCACAACAGAAUGUAGUGAAUUUAGGCCAAAUAAGGACUAGUGCCCCACAGCAGGGUAUUAACAUAGUGCAAGGGACUACACCCAGUCAGAUUAGUCUUCAGGGAACUUUGAUACAAACCAGUGCUGGCAAAUUUUUAAUACAGGGCCAAGCAUUGGUUGGACAGCAAGUGCAUGUGCCAGGUCUUGGAAACAUAGUUUUAAGGCCACAAGUGCAGUCUCUUCAAAAUAUACAGACAGUUCAGUCCAACAUAGUAAGUUCAACGACAGUGCCACAAACUAACUCUGGUGCAGCUCAACUGCACACUCAGUCAGGCAGUACUGCCCAGCACACACAGGUGAAUGGCCAUGUGGGAACAAUAGGGGGUCAACAAAUAGUUCUACAAGGUGCAAACCAGAACCAAGGUCUUGUGCUUCAGACGCUGCCGAAUGUUGUCAAAAUGCAGCCUGGUAACAGUGCAGUCACAGCUGGUGGUGUCUCUAAUCAACAAGGUUUAGUUUUGACUCGAGCCAUCACUACCCAAACCCAGCCAGCCCAAGGUGCUAGUACAGCUACACAGUCAGUAUUACACAGACCUUUAAACCAACCCAACAAUUCCAAUGUUAGUCUGAACAUUGGGGGUCAGGUUAUUAACUUAGCUCAGUUGCAACAAGUACAGAAGAGUGGCCAGGGCAUUAUUGGACACUCCUCUUCAACAAUAGUAACUGGUUCAAAUACUAUACAGACUACUGCUGGUACUGGCAUAAUAAGCCAGGCCAACCCUGUGCAACAACAGCAGCAGCAAGGGGUUGCUGUACAAAAUUAUACAGGGAAUUCACAAAGCCAAAAUAUGCAGUCCUCAAAAACAUUCAUUAUCCACACACAAACUCCACAGACUAUGGCUCAGAAUUACAAUGGUCCUCAAAAGGGACAGCAGGUUCUACAACCACAGCAGUUGCAGCAAGGGCAAGUGUUUGCAAGGCAAGGUGGUCAGGCAGCAUUACAGUCUUCUCCACAGGUUUCUGUAGCAAACAAUCUGACAAAUCUCCAGACAGUUCAGCAAACUAAUCAUACAGGGAAUGGUGAUAACCAGCCAAAUCAAGGAGUUAUUGUAAAUUCAAUAAAUAAUUCUAACAAUGUGAAUAAUCAGCCCCCCAAAAGUGCUGCAGUAAGUAAUGCAAAUCAGGGAGGAGAUGCAGACAAUCGGAGUCAAGUACAGAAUGCCCAGCAUGUGUUAGCAAGGUUACAGAUGCAGUUAAAGCACCUUCAGUCCAUCCCAGAUCCUUCAGAGCAGCAGCAAAGGUUGAUCAAACGUCUCCAGGACCUGAUGACACAGGUGAUAGCACAAACCAGGCAGCAAGUUCAGCAACAAGGCAGUCAGCAGCAGCAAAUACUACCACAACAGACUUCUCGGCAGCAGCAACAGUCACAGCUACAACAAAGUGCCACACCCUCUUUAAAUACUUUAUUGGUGCAGCAGAACAAUGGUACUUCUGUCCAAACAUCAAGUGCAACAGUAGUGCAACCACAGACACAGACUGUGCUCACAUUACCUCAAGUUAUACAGAAUAUUUCUGUCCAAUCGGCAAAUCCACCAGCAGGGAAACUACCCAUUCCAGCAUUGACCAAGGUUGAGCAGGUUCUCAAUAAACUUACACCUGAACAGAGAGAGAAACUACAGAGUCAGCUGUCUCGAUUAACCCCAGAACAACAGCAACUUUUCUAUAAACAUCAACAGACACUGAUCCUUCAAAAAUUGUCACAGCAACAACAGAAGCCUGUGCAGCCUACAGCAGCAAGUACAAAUUCCAAAGUCCCAAUAAUGGUGCAGCAAAUUAACAAAGGUGUGACCCAGUUAAGACCCAUUAUCAUCCAGCAGCAGCAAAUUGGUCAGCCAGUUCAGGCACAGAAAGAUGAACAGAGGGGAGUUAAGAGACCAAGUUCAGUUUUACUACAACAAAUGGCAAGAGACCAGCAGGGUGUAUUAAAACCUGACUACAAAACACCAUUCAAGGGUUACCGUGACUGUGUGAAAAGACUGAUGAGGUAUCAUGUUUACUAUGAAAAAGAUGCAGGACCUGCUGCUCUGGUAAAAGCUGAUGAAGAAUUUGAAUCUCAGUCUCAGGACUUCUUAGAUCGCUACCAAGGAAUGCUGAUGAAAUACAGGGAUUUAUUAUGGCAAGACAGCAUGAGAAAGGAUCCUUCUGCUGAAAUGGUGAUGCUUGACAGGAUUUUCAUUCAAGAUGAAAACAAACAGCUUGCAAGGGAUAAGCAGCUUGUCCUUGAAGACCCAGAUGCAUUUGAACCACUUCCCAUCCUCAAGCCAACAGAGGAUGAGACCAAAACAGAGAUGCUAGAGGACGCUGAAGAAGAAGCUAAAUUUAGAAAAGAAGCAGAUGAGGAAAAAUUAUCAUCUCCUGCCAAUAAGUACGAACCAGAGAUAAAAGCUGAUCCGUCUAGCUCGCCUAAAAAAGAACCUACUAGUCUUGCCAAAGAAGAACCAUUUAGUAGUGAAGGUGAAAUUGAGCACAAAGCUGAAGUCAUUCAGAAUGAAGCAGCAGAGUCUGCUGUUGAAUCUAAAGUCAUACCAAAACUAAAAAUAUCUCUAAAAUCUGAAAGACCGUCCCCAGAAAGGUGUAACUAUAAUCCUGGUCCGUCUUCUCCAGAUAGAAGAAAUAGUUCUGACUUUGACAGGCCUUCUGACAAUAUUGAUAAUUUAGAAAUACCAAAAGCAGAUCUAGGUGACACAGAAGAGGAACAUCAUCUUGAGGACAGCUAUUUGAGUGACCAAUCAGAUAGUACAACUGAAAACAAUCAUUUGCAUUCUGAAUUGACAUCAAAUCACAUGAUGCCUAAUCCUUAUGAAUAUGAGGACAUUUCAAGUGAUUUCAAUGGUAAUCUUGAUGAUGAUUCACCAGCUCAGUGUAUUGGCAGCAGCAGCCAGACUGAGGUGGACACUGCUUUAGAAGGUCUGUUUACUAGUGCAAGGUUUGAAACAGGUCACAACAGUAAGAGUUAUAUGGACUACAAUUUACAGUGUGAUAAUGCAGUGCAGGGGGUGGAGAGUCAAAACAGUGAGCUGGACAGUGCAAUAAACAGUCUUGCAGCAGAAUUGGAGGGCCCGGGACAGCAUGGAAGCUUGAAUGACAACCACAUUCAGAUGGAUACAAGAAUGGACCAGUCUGAGUUGGAAGAUGAAGAGAACACAAGGCACUCUGAUUCAGAUAAAGAUUCACAGGCUGUUAGUGAGUUGAACACCUCUCAGGAAUCGGAAAACUUGGAAGAAAGUCAUACAGUUGAUGGUGACAUUUCUUAUUUCCCCCAGGGAUCAUAUGGUUUUGGUUCACCAAGUCACAGCAUGGACACUGGGGAUUUGAACACAGAAAUGGAAAGUGCCAUCAACAGCAUACUUAGUUUACAACAAGGUGAAGUGUCUAUGGCUUCUAGUAAUGGCCGGACUAGUUCCUAUAUUGAUGGGGAGACUGGAAUGCAGUCUGAAGAGGAACCCGUCAUGGAAGAUGAUCUCGAUGCUGCUGUGCAAAGUAUUUUGAUGUAAAAGCAGGUGCUUCAUGCCAAGUGCUAAAAACAUCAUUUCUGUUGAAAAACGUAACUAUAACCUGUGAGAAUUCUCAAAAAAAACUUAAAAAGUGAUAUUUUCAUAUUAUUUUGCAAAUCUCAUGAUUCAAAAGUAUUCAAAUGUUAAUAUUGACUUGGUAUACUUAUUUCCGUAAUACUAACAGAGAGAAAUUUGAAGAUUUUUUUAUAUAAUGUGGAAAAAAUCAUGACCCAGUCCUGUGGUGUCUUUAAUACUAAACGCUGCAAUAUUUUUACUGCUGCUAAAAAGGGGUGCAGAAAGUGCUCUAGUUCAUCCCAUAGUCGUUGCAUUCCAAUAGCUUACUGUGUCUGCUACUGCCUUUACAGGAAACGACUGAGGGGGUUUGAGCAGCGUUUUUGUCUAUUUUGCAUAUUGGUUCUAUUCCUUAGAUAUUUUUGUAGGCGUUGGAAUAUUUUUUCACUUUUUCAAAGUUGUAUAUAAUUGGUACUACAUCCGAAGAUAUCAUCAUAUUAUGUAAUUUUGUAUCAAGUAUUUUUGUCCAAGACAGGAGUUUCUUGUGCUAGGUAAUUUGGUUACAAUUAUGGCAUACCAUGUAGAUCUCUGUGUUAAUAUGCUUAUUUUGACAUGGGCAUAGCACUAGCAAUUUGAGUUAAAUUAUUGAGAUAAAGAUAACUUUAUACUUAUUUAAUGAAAUGAGAGAAAUCAUGUUGUUAAAAAUGUGAAAUACAU